CCGGGUCCCACUCGUCAGACAUAUCCACAACCUCCGCGGCAGCGAAGCAGCGCCGCUAUCGCCGCCCUCCUCGGCCGCCGCUGUCGCGCGGGCCGUGCACCGAUCGAGCACGGCGAUUUGCCGUGCCCGGAGACCGCAAAAGCAGAGGCUGAGGACAAUCCUUCAAGCUCUUGAGGCGAGCUUGGAAUGGAGUCCCACGCCACACCGCCGAUUUCCCUCACCGCUUUCGGCACCGGAGAUCGAGAUGGCCGUCUUCUCCACCAACUCCGGUUGAAACUGCGGCUCCCGCCGUCCUGCCUGCUCGGCUUCCUAUGCUGGGCAGCAGUAUUCCAUGUUGGGAUUGGCUUCAAGCUUCAUGCGAUCGCCCUUUCAACCCUGCUAAGCAUAAACUGGAUACUGUUGCUUGGGAGGACUCUCAAGUUAGUGAUUCUGGUGGUCAUGGAUGCCACGCAUUGUGCACCAGUUGACGGCUCUAACAUAUCAUUCUGCCUCCACUGUUUGUAUUCUGCUGAUCUGCUUUUCUCAUUCGCCAUAGACAAAUGCAGCUCAUUGAAAUCUCAGUUUGCUAACAACUCCUGGCCCAUUAUUAAGCUUAAGCCAGUACUUCGCAACAAUGGAUGGUUGUGUGCAUCUUGCAAUUAUACAUACAUACAUACAUACAUACUCCCCUGAACCUAUUUUUAAUCUGUUCUUGUGUAGGCUUCAUGCAUACAUACUCGCAUUGUCCUCCUUUUGUCCCCAC